UCUAGAAAAUGCGUAUUUUACCCCCAAUUCACUCGUACACCAGAGGACAGUAUCAACCUAUCUAGCGUUCUUGAACAGUCCAUCAUGCAGAUUCGGAAGGAAGUCCCUCAGGAACUAGUCGUGAAGAUGUUCCAGAAAUUGAACCUCCGACAUAUAUUGUUUACUCAAGAGGGCAAGUUAGAGGGUAUGGUGACAAAGACAGACGUGGCUGCUUUGUUGACGGCAUGAGUUUCCUCAUACUGGAGCGCUUUCUCCUCACAAUCCCCUGACGUUGUGACAUGUCAUUUAUAUAAUAGACGGAGCCUGUUUGUACAUCAUCAUUGACGCGUCUUAUGCCUGUCUUCAUGCAUUCAUGUGCAACAUAUAUACAUGGAUUCUAAUUAAUUUGCCUACAAGAGUCCAGCUGCCAGAAGCUCCUUGUGCCACGAUAGGGGAGACCGGCAAUUCCCGAGAGGUUACCACGGACCCACUUUCAGAACGCGUCUUUGGACCUCCUUGUGCUCCUGCUCGCCCUCCUUUUUCUCUCUUUCGACGACCCAUUCCAUUCUCUACCAUGUCGCACUACAGCACCAACGACGACGUCUUCGGCUCAAGUUCCCAGUUUCUUUCACCGCCAAAGCCCAAAGCUUUACACCGCAAAUCGCCUUCACGACAAAGCCUGAAUCCACGUCGUUCGACGGCCUCCUUGCGGAGUGUCUCUAGUCUCUCGCACGCCAUGGACGACGACGCUUCCAAUGGACGCUUCUCGUUGGCCCAUGAACUCGCAGUAGCGCUGAUGCCAGAGCCAAGCGCAGGCUCCAUGCUCCUUGCCGAAGAAUUCGGAAUCGAGUACGACGAAGGAGCUGAGGGUAUAGAUCAAACCCCCCACCACGAUGAAGAUCCACAUCUCACUGCUGGCGGUGAGCCACUGACAUUCGCAUCCGAGUCAGAUUCACCAGCCAAUACCCCAUUCGAUGACAUAGACGAUUCCCAUUCCGUGUACGACCCUAUUCUCGACAGUCCGUCAGCUAAUAAACAACGACGGCCGGAAAAGAAGGAUGCCAUGGAAAUACUAUCCGAAAACCUAGAAUCCACCGAUAAAUUCCUCUCACAUUUGCGGCGCAUUGACGUUGACAUGGGGUCUUCAGCGUCACAGCAGCCGGCUUUGGAGAAGAUUGCAACAGAUGUCAUACGUAGAAUUAAUGACACCGUUAGGGAUCGGGAAGGCCAGGUACGGGAACUGUUGGAGUAUGAAAGAGAGCUACGGAAAAUUGCUGGAGAGGUCGGCGGGAACGAUGUGCUCGGUCAGCUGGAAGAGUUUACGCCGCCAGAUGACCUUGUAGAUGGGAAGCCGCCUGUAGAAUUGCCUCACUCGGAACCGCGGCAUUUGGAUACCGUGGAGGAAGAACAUUUUGCGAACCUUUCAAAUUCUAGCGAAUGGGAUAUGGAUCCUGAACACCGCCAUCUAGGAGAUUAUUCCGACGACGAAUCUGAUAUUCCAUUUUCGCCUUUGAAAGAUUCCUUCCCGCCACCGCCUGCAAUACACGGUCCUGCUACACCUGCUGUGACAUUACCACAACUAGCACAUCUGCGCUCCUUCACGACCUCCCUUGUCAGCUCCCUUUCUACCAUCUCUGAGCAAGCACAGGUCAAUGGUGCAGCUACAACAGAAGCAGGUCGGAAGAUACGAGCGCUAAAGAACAAGCUAGGAGGGUGGCGGACAGAAUGGGACAGCGCUGAAAGAAGUCGACAGAAGAUUGAACGAUGGGAGGCAGGAAUCAUAGACGGGCCGGAUUCCAGCGGGGAAAACACGCCCGUCACGUCGCCAACGCGUAUUAAUGGGAUGAAGAGAACAGAUGGUCGCCAAGUCGUUCGCGAGCACUUAGACGCCUUUCAGCUCGCUUUAACAGACGCGGGUGUGAAGACUCAAGCCAUCAUGGCAUCAUAAUGGGCUAUUUAACGCUUGUGUAAAUUUUCGUCUUAUUGCUCUGCAUAUUUCACGGCACAUCUUCCUACAUUUUUAUACUAUUCUGCUCUACUGUA